AUGGCUAUGCGAGCGGCCUGCCGCCGCCUGUCCUCCGCAAGGACGACGAGGCUAUUUGCCCAGCCCCGGCACUUCAGCUCGACAACGACUGUCUCCAGUCCCUCUCAAGAUGAGAAAUCCAAUGAGACCUCUCUGUCUACUCCCGAUCCUGCGCCCAAUUCGUCAACGUUCGCCUUCCUCGAGGAGAGAACGCCCUACAUGGUUACCACCUACGCUCGACCGCCGCCGAUGAUGGUCAAGGGUCAAGGAUGCUAUCUCUGGGACAUGGAGAACCGGCGCUUUCUCGAUCUGACGGCAGGCAUUGCGGUUAAUUCGCUGGGUCAUUGUGACCCGGAGAUCGCCAAGAUCAUCGCACAGCAGUCAGAGACUUUGAUUCACGCAUCGAACCUGUAUCACAACCCGUGGACGGGCGCCCUCAGUAAGCUGCUGGUGGAGUCGACCGUUCAAUCCGGCGCGAUGCGAGACGCAGCGCAGGUCUUCAUCGCCAAUUCGGGAACAGAAGCCAACGAAGCUGCGAUCAAGUUCGCGCGCAAGGUGGGACGCUCUCUCGACCCGUCGGGCGCAAAGCAUGAAUUCGUCUCCUUCCACAACUCUUUCCACGGCCGGACGAUGGGCGCCCUGUCGGCGACGCCCAAUCCCAAGUACCAGACGCCGUUUUCGCCCAUGGUCCCUGGGUUCAAGUACGGCAAGUUCAAUGAUGUCGAACAGCUGUCGACAUUGAUCACGGAGAAGACGUGCGGUGUCAUCGUGGAGCCAGUUCAAGGUGAAGGCGGCAUCCACGUCGCGACGCCCGAGUUCCUCGUCGCGCUGCGGGAGCGAUGCGAUGCAGUUGGAGCGAUCUUGAUCUUCGACGAGAUCCAGUGCGGUCUUUCUCGCACGGGGACCCUCUGGGCCCAUGCCCACCCUGCAUUCGCGCCGAAGACGGGCAAGCCUGCGCAUCCUGACAUCCUCACGACGGCCAAGGCGCUGGGCAACGGCAUCCCGAUCGGUGCAACCAUUGUCUCUGGCACCAAGGUGGCACCGCACAUCAAGACGGGCGACCACGGCACCACGUUCGGCGGCAAUCCGCUGGCCUGCCGCGUGGCGCACCACAUCGUGGAACGGCUGAACUCGUCCGAGCUGCAGAACGCGGUCGAGCUCCGGUCGUCGCAGUUCGUCGCGGGCUUCCAGGCCCUGCAGAAGAAGUUCCCCGAGGUCAUCGCCGAGAUCCGGGGACUGGGCCUCAUCCUGGGCGUCCAGUUGUCGGAAAAGUACAUCCCCAAGGCGUCGGACAUCCUCACGGCGGCGCGACAGCGUGGCCUCCUCAUCAUCACUGCAGGUGAGGGUUGUCUGCGAUUCGUGCCGCCGUUGACCAUCUCCGAAGACCAGGUCAAGACGGGCCUGAAGAUCCUUGAGGAGGCUAUCGAAGAUGUCAGCAGUCAAUAA